CGGGUUUGCUGAAGGAAUGUCCCGCCCCACUCUGCAUCUGAUUGGUUUUCCCGAUAUUCUGAUACACUGACCCUAACCAAUCACACUCCUCAUGCCUAAACCUAACGUCUCCAACCAACAAAGGCAACGAGUGUUAGCCAAUCAGAUGCGGAGUAGGGCGGGACAUUCCUUCCACAUCCAAGGAAACGAAAAUUGACUUCCUCCUGCGUUGUCUUCCUUAGCUUGUCGCGCGGAGGUUUGACUGUGGCACGCACAGCAUUUCGGUAAGACACCUGUGUUGCGGUGGUAAAGUCCUCGUCGUGUAUGCAUCAGUCGGGUCUCGCGGGUCUUGCAGGCCUGUGCCGAGUCACCGACCAUCUCUAUCUCAGUAACGGCAGAGCGGCUAGUGACGCCUCCCAGGUGGCUCGGUGCAAGAUCGCGUGCAUCGUGAACGUGACUGAGACCAGGAGCCGCCGCCCUCUUCACCCCGGGGUGGAGUACGUGCACAUCCCGCUCCCGGACUCCCCGGUGUCCCCCCUCAGCGACCACUUCGACGAAGUUGCGGAUAAGAUCCAGCAGACCGCGGAGCGCGGGGGCCGCACGCUCGUGCACUGCAACGCGGGGGUGAGCCGCUCCGCCUCGCUGUGCAUGGCCUACCUGAUGAAGCACCGCGGGGUGCCCCUGCUGGAGGCCCACAGGUGGGUGAGGGCGUCCCGGCCCGUCGUGAGGCCGAACAACGGCUUCUGGAAGCAGCUCAUCCGGUACGAGGUGGAGCUCCGGGGGUGCGCCUCCGUCCGGAUGGUGUCCUCCUGCAUGGGGGAGCUGCCAGACCUUUAUGAACACGAAACCAGAAACAUGAUGCCGCUGUGAAGAAGCCACUGCACUGCUGUGUGAAUAUGUUUAUGGGCAUUCAUAUGUUGUUUUGUGUGUCGCAUGUGCAGAGAUGAAAGGGCUGUUUCGGGGGUCGUUUAUUUACUUUAUUGAAAUUGUCUUUUUUUUCGAAGAUGAAAAGAUCGAACAUUUUUAAAGAAGCAUCGUCAAUAUAGUAACCUGGACAAAGAGAAAAUCAUAAACUUAAAAAUAAAAGAAAAAAUUAAGUUAAAAACGUUCAAAGCGUCUUAAGAAGAAAACAGUUUUUACAAAAAAAGCAAAAGUGUCAAGCAACUAGAAUUCCCCAAAAAAUCAUAGAAGUCCAAAAAUCGAUUCAUAGAUAUGUGUUUUUAAAAUUGUUUGUUGUUGCAUGUCUACUGCAAUCACAUAUAUAGAUAGAUACGUAAUUGGACCCCCCAGGGGAAAUUAAAGGUCCCUAUAGUUCACAGACAUUAUAACAGGAUGUUAACAUAACAAACACCCACAUGAGUAAUAUGGAAAUGAAUGAAUAUAUAGAUAUAUCAAAAAUUGGUGUCUGUCUUGUGUAUCUGUUUUUUAUGGCCCGUGAGUCUAAUAACAAAGGAUGAAGAACAUAAUGACUAUGCAUACAUACAUGCAUGGAGAAAAAAAAAUAAUAACUACAAUCGCAUGCUCGUAAAUAACAUCGUGAUAUUUGAGUUUCUCCAUGUGACCCAGCCCUGGUAGAGAGCUUAACCCUUGUGUUGUCUUCCUGUCAACCAUGGUCACUUUUCUUUUCAAUAUUGUUAUCACUUUUUCCAACAUUUUUGUCACUUUUUCAAUGUUUUGGGUGCAUUUUUUUGACGAUUUUUUUUUUUUUUUUUUCCCAAAUAUUUUUUAAUAUUUUUAAUGUUGUCUUAUUUCGUCGGCCCAUUUUAUGUGACAAAAAUAAAAUAAAAAAUUAACUGAAAACGGGUCAAUUUGGCCCAAGGACAACAUGAGGGUUAAUAAACACAAGACUCCAAGAAUCCACUAGACGUCAUAGGUCUCAUAGGUUUCAUAAAGGUAAAGAUAUCCAAUAUUUCACAAAAAUACACUGUCUGCUUUUCAAAAAGGCCCCAAAACCUACCUUGUGUUUUUAUUUACCUCGCAGUUGUUUUACUCUUGUUGUCUUUAUUCAAUUGUUUUUAUUUGUAUCCUACGUAAAGCAUCUUUGACAUGUUCCAUAUAUAAAUCUACGGUUUUAUUAUUAAAAACAAAUCAGAGUUUAUUCUUCUUUUCUGCAUUAAUCAUCUCACAACCGGUUAGUUAUCUUGGUGGGACCCUUUGGAGGGACCUGAGCCUCAGGUUGGGAACCACUGGAAUGUUUUGUUAGUUGAAAGAAAAUAUCAGCAGAAAAAUGCACUUUAAACUGUCAUUACACAUAUAUAUAUGUGUGUGUAUAUAUAUACAUAUGUGUGUAUAUGUGUGUG